CUCAGCAGGUGCUGCUCUUUUGCUCGCCGAAAUCGUUUAAUAAUUAAAUCUGAAGGAUUUCCUGCUUGUUUACGAACAUAUUUUGUGUUUUGGGAUAAAAUUUAUGAGAUUUCUGGUACGUUCAGCUGGAUUCAAGACAAUAUGCCGACUGUAAGUCGCGGUCUGUACAACUGGUUGUUCCGACGAUCGGCGGCGCUUGAGGACAUGGCGGACCGGCUCAGCCACGUGUGGACAGUCGGGCUGCUGUUGGUCCUUGCUGCCGUUACAAGUUGGCGACAGGCGUUCAGUAGAACAAUCGAGUGUUUCUGUCCUGCAGAGUUUACUUCUAAUCACGUUCGUGCGGUCGAAGCAAUGUGUUGGGGAUACCAUGGUAUUAAGAAUUUACCGUUUGGUGUUCAAGAUGAUAGAAGCUUGAAUUUUGUACCACUACUUGUCAGAACGCCGCCUUUGUUCCCGCUAUCCGACAGUUAUGCAGAAGAAACAGAGACGACCUACUACCAAUGGAUUCCUGUAAUCCUAGUUUUUCAGGCGCUCCUUUUCAAAUUACCGAUUAUCGUGAUGUAUGUCUGUCAGACAUUUUCCGGAAUAAGUUUUGACAAAAUCGCAGGACUUGGGGUUGGUUAUGAAUAUUUGAAUACAGCGGAGAGGUUUCUUUUGGCCAGACAGAUUGCGCGGUACAUGACUCGUUGGUGCAAGCAAUGUGCGGGAAUCCCUUGCCGUCAAUUAACACUACUUUGGCUAUUUGUCAAGAUCCUUUUCUGCGUUAACAUCAUCAUACAGCUGACAAUUCUCGAUGACUUUCUUGUGGGCAGUGACACUCAAAUGAACAAUGUGACGUCAUAUGGUGACGUCAUCUCCAGCAACUUGAUUGAGAACAACGCCACACUUUGGAAAGUGUCCAGGGCGUUUCCUCGAGACGCCAUGUGCGAUGUCUCAAUAGUAAUGAUCAAGAAUGUUCAUAGAUAUUCUUUUCAAUGUCACCUGCCACUCAACAACUUCAACGAGCACGCGUACCAACUACUUUGGGUGUGGCUUGUUUUCGUUGCCGUGGUGACAUACGUCAGCCUUGGCGUGUGGGUAUUAAGAACCAUAAUACCAAUCUUCAGGAAGCGCUACCUGGUCCAUGCUCUGGAAGUUUCCGAUGUCAGUCCUGAACAUCUAUUCUCCGUUCGACGUUGAUCGAUUUUGCAACGUUGUCGGCGAGGACGGUGUUAUGGUGCUCAAGCUGUUGAGCGCGAACAGCUCCGAACUUCUUGUUCAAGAUGUCGUCCUCAACAUGUGGACAAUACAGAACAGGGAACCAAAUAUUCAAGUACCAAAGAGCUCUUCCGGUCUAGAAAAUAUUUAAAAUUCAGCUGAUAUUUAUACCUCUCGUUAAGAUUUACUAUAUUAGAAGAAAAAUACGUAUCUUUAUAUAAAUGUUACUUAGUAUAUGGAUGGGCCGGAUACGACGUUACGACCCCUCAUACGUCAUUUCCUGGAUCCGCCCUUCCUGUUGUUCCAAUAUAUGUAUUUAUAGAGGAAAUGUCCUUGCACUUGUAGCUUGUAUCACACGUAUUGUUCCUAAUAAUCGUAUAAUGUUUAAAUCAGACAUGUUUUAAUACUUAAACUACAGAAAUCAUAUAAAACACAUUUUAGUCAUAGUAUUCAUAGUCAUAAGUUGUUAUUAAUUAUUCUGUAACUGUAGUUUUGUAUAGCACCGUACACAUAUAUUGUUUUAAAGCUCUUUUAUCAUAAAGGUCAAACCGGCUAA